AUGAAGUUUGUUAACAAAGCUCUCGCUUUGCUGUUUUUUUAUUGUUUCCUUCAAACUGACGCGUGGUUUAGUAGACGUCGUCGCCGUCGAGCCUGCAGUCCUCGCGAUUGUGAAGUCAGUUCUUGGUCUUCUUGGAGCUCAUGUAGUGCUGAAAAAUGUGGACAACAAGGAUCACAACGACGGACAAGAGAGCAAGUAUCUGAGCCGAGUUGUGGAGGAUCAGAAUGUCCUACCUUAGAGGAAACACGGCAAUGCUAUAGCACGCAAACAGUGAACUGUCAGCUGAGCUCUUGGUCUGAGUGGAGUGCCUGCUCGACAGUCUGCGGCGUUUCUGGCAUUCAAACCAGCACCCGUCACAGAGUAAUAACUGAACAGUGUGGCGGAACCUGCUCGUCAACACUUCGAAAAACGCGAGCUUGUCCGGAACUCAGCUGUCUGAACGGAGGAAGUUUACAACAAGGAGCAUGCUUUUGCAAUAAAGGCUAUUCUGGAGUCUGCUGUCAGAAAAAACUGAAGAAAGGUAAGAAGUAA